AUGAAUUCAGUUAUUUGUUUGACUCUUUUUGUUAUCGGCGUAGUCCUUGCAGGCCAUGGACAUGAUAACGCUCAUUACAAAUUUGAGUAUGGAGUUCAUGAUCCUCACACCCACGACCACAAAUCCCAGCAUGAACACAGGCACGGUCAUGACGUCACUGGAGGAUACACAUUGAAAGAAGCCGAUGGAACUCAUAGAGUUGUCAAAUAUAAAUCUUCUCCUCACAAUGGAUUCGAAGCUGUCGUUGAAAGAGUAGGUCAUGCCCAACAUCCUGCUCACUACGGCCAUGGUGUCAUGGUCAUGGUGGACACGGUGGAGCUACUAGUUAUGUUGGAGUUACUCACUGGGCCAACCAAGGAAGUGAAGGUGGACACGGACACGGACAUUAAAACGUGA